GCAGGCGGCGGUAAUGCGCCAUUACGUUGUAUGCGACCGCCAUUGAAACUCGACGAAGAAGACGCUUUGUGAGAGCCGAUCCUUUACAGCCACCACCACCUGUGCGCGGCCUGCAGCGUCUGAAAACGGAGCUUAAACACACAUCGAACGCACUUGGGUUUUUUUGAUUAUGCGGACACAGAAUCCAAGGUAUCCAGGUUCAACUUAAGGAUCGUGGACAGCAAUUUUAAGGCGCUUAUUACCGAACGAAACAAAACUUUUUCAAGCAUUUGAGACGUACCAAGAAAGAAACGAGUCGAACCUCUGGAUCGAGUCAUGUCUCGCCGAAGAAGUCGCAGCGCAUCACCAGGGCAUUAUUCGCGCUCCUGCAGCAGUAAUGAUCCCCGAGAUUUGGAGAGACGGAUUUUUGUUGGGAAUUUGCCAACCUCUGACAUGGAAAAGAAGGAUUUGGAAGACCUGUUCAACCCAUACGGGAAAAUAGUCGGCGUGUCCAUGUUUCGUGGGUUUGGAUUUGUACAAUUUGAACACGUUGAGGAAGCCGAAGCUGCAAAAGCGGCCCAAAAGGGUCGAAUAUAUAAAGGUUAUAAAAUAGAUGUAAAUAUGGCAUUGGAGCGACGGCAAGCUAAACCUCAAACCCAGCAGAGCCCCCCACGAAGGGCCCCGUACGGCAGCUAUGGGGACAGCAAAGAGCCACGGCCUCGGUCCCGUUCACCUGUUUAUGGGCGCGACGGACGUGACGGACGUGAGCCCCGGGAGCCCCGGGAUAGUCGUGAUGGGCGGGACUCGGGCAGGGAGCCAAGGCCAGGUGGCCACUCUCGUGACCACGAUUACCGGUACCGUAGCUCGGAGAGCAGAGACAAGGACCCUAGAGGUGACCCUAGAGGUGACCCUAGAGGUGACUCUAGAGGUGACCCCAGGAGUGACCCCAGGAGUGACCCUAGGAAUGACCCACGGAGUGACCCACGGGAUCCUGCAUUCAGCAGAGACGACCUCGACAGAUACUACCGCAGUGGCAGCGGUGCAGAAGAUUACUACCGAAGGAAGGAUGAGCCCUUCAGGGACCCUUACAGAGACCCCUGGAAUGGACGUCGUGAGCCGGAGGCUGACGACCGCGCUCGACCCGAAGAGCGUCGGCGUAAUGAAUUGUAUCGUCAGUAUUAUGAGGAGCUCCAGCGGCGCUACGACACCGAUCGUCCGGUCGACUGCUCUGUGAUCGUCGUUAACAAGGCGCAAAACUUCGAACACAACUGUAGGGAGUAUGCCGAGACGGUCGGGCGGAAGGUCCGGGAUCUGGGCAUGGUGGUGGACCUGAUCUUCCUCAACACCGAGGUUUCACUCACCCAGGCUCUGGAGGACGUCGGCCGAGCCCGCACUCCCUUCGCCAUCAUCAUUACCCAGCAGCACCAGGUGCACCGGUCCUGCACUGUCAACAUCUUGUUCGGCACGCCUCAAGAACAUCGAAACAUGCCGAUGCAGGACGCCAUGAUGCUGGUGGCCCACAACUACGACUCUUACAAAGUCGAGAACCGCGAAAAGGAACGCGAGGAGAUCGCCAGGAAGGCCGCCAAGAUGGCAGACGACGUAUUACUCAGGGAGGCGGACCGAGAGAGCCACCCCAUAUCUGUGCUGACUGCCAUCACGCUGCUUUCUGAAAACAGAUUUUUAACUCCUGAGGAACUGGAUGGUCUGGUUGCGUACCUGAAGGACAAGAGGACCCGUCUGGUGCGAAGUGCUGCGGACCCUCUCUCAGCUCCAGUCCGUGUUGCAGCUCCUGCAGACGUUCCACCCUCCGCUGCAGGACUGCCCUCUUCCUCCCAUUCUGCCCACACGGCCUCACAGUCCAGCCAUCUCGGCCUGUCUGCCGGUCCGAGCGCCGCGGCGAACCCCAGCCAUCAGCAGGAGCUGCAGGCCAAAAUCCUCAGUCUGUUCACCAGCGGCACCGGGGCGUCAGUCAGCGCUGGCGGCCUCCCCACCGCCGCCUCCCAGUCACAGGGCUACGGCUCCCUCGGCCCCGCCCCUUCGCAGAACCCAUCGCGCCCGGUCAUGUCUGUUCCCCCUGCAGCCGUGUCCCAGGGCUACGGCGUCCCACAGGGCCGCAUGCCAGUCGCACCAGGUGGUCAAAGACCCCCGAGCUCCACUUCAGGUAUCAAUUUCGACAACCCGAGUGUCCAGAAGGCUUUAGACACACUCAUCCAGAGCGGGCCGUCAAUUAACCACCUGGUGGGCACUGGGGCGUCCCAGCAGCAGCCGCCUGCCAGACCGCCGCCCACCAUGGGCCAGGCCCCGCAGAUGUCCAUGUAUCCCCGACACUACUGACAGGGUGUUGAUAAUUCUCUCUCCUAAUGUGAGGUCCACCUUCUCCUCCUAGACCAGUAUACACAGAAAGCACAUCAAUUCUGGCUGUGAAUGGGUAGACUUUAGGAAUUUUUUGUAAACGCGUUUUAAAUUGUUUUGUUUAUUUCAUUAAGGUUUUUUUAUUCUGGGCAGUGUUUGAUGACUUGUUCAGACUUUUUUUUUCAGUUAUUAACCAGAGGUUAAUUGAAUCUUCUUACUUGUGAGUUGAAUAUUGAAGAUAUGUUGCAUGUGUGAAGUACACCUUGGCCGUUGACGGGACACCUUAGUUGUUUUCCAACCAUGAUCUCUUGUGCGUUUUUAUAGUUUUGCAGUGUCUUUUAAUUUGUAACAGUUUUCAUUGUCAAAAAACAACGACAUGAUUAAAAACUCGAGACACGUUUGCUGUAAUAAAA